CGAAAAUUGCGUUUAAUCAGACCAGGCCAAACCUUCCGAUGGACCGACUCGCACUUGCGCACUUUAAAAAGAUGCUGAAUAUCAGUUGAGCUGGAGCCUCACCAUUGUGGUGGUCAGCGCUAAUUAGCCCAUCAGUCAGUGUUUGUCCUGAGCUAAUUGUUUGUUUUUGGUAAGAAAUGGCCGAAUCGACAAGAUAUUUUAGUUUAGGUUAUGUCGAGUGGCUUGCUUACUCCACUGUGCUUAUAAACAAAGCCAUGGAUAAAUAAUAGAUUUACAUUUUCUUGAUUAGCAAGGAUAGCCUUUACGCUAGUAGACAUGUAAUUUAACGCUGAUUACAUAAUUAUAACAAGUGUACGGUGAGGGAUGACCGUCUGUUUAAACCUGUCCUUUGAUGUCUAUAUGUUACUCAUAACAUCAUAACAAUGGCUUUCAGUCAACUUGAGCUCGCCAGUGGCAGUCUCUUUAUCACCUGACAGGCCAACAGAGGGACAUGCAGCUCUAGGAAACAUUCACCGUGAAAACUGACAGUACUGGCUGUAAACCUGGCUGUUUGUCCAGGAUCAUGUUCGGUUCACCAGCAGCUGCUCCUUCAUUUGCCACCCCCUUGAUGUAUGUUUACUAUGAUCAUUAUGGUUGCUAAUGUCUCUCACACCCUCUUCCUGUCAAAGCAGGUUAAAAAAAAUACCAUAAACGCUGGUAGGCUGCUCUGUGCCUUGUCCCGAAGAGAGCAGUAGCAGUUCUGUGUUUGUCUUUUGGUUGGUGACAACACGGGAACAUGUGGUCACGCAGCGGCCAAUGCCGAGCCCAGAGCAGGCGAUCAGCACCGUCAGACAAGCAGCAGCAGCAGCGCUGGCACUGGAAAGGAGUUCUGCCAUCCCCCUGCAGAGAGAAACCCCUCUGAAAGGGAGAGAGAGAGAGAGAGAAAGAGCGAUUUGGUUACAGAGCGGAGGAUGAGGAUGCAGUGGGAAGGAGAUGUUGCAGAGGAGUCUGCGAGGAGGCAAAAACAAACAGGACAGGCUGUGUGAUCCUGGUCUCAAGAUGUAGGAGUCACAUCAGAAGAACCCUCAGUCAGAGAGAGAGAGUGUGUGUGUGUGUGGGAACGCACCAUAACAUCAGAGGACCUGUGUUUCAAGGAUAGUGAAGGUGGAGAGGCGCAACCCGAGAAGUCCCCCAUCCACUUCCACAGAGGAUGACAAAUUAGUCCUUAUUCAGCAAGGAGCGGGAGCAUCACCCUGAGGAUCAGAUGUUGUCCACAGCUCAGCAGAUGCUGCAGGAUAGCCGCUCCAAGAUCGAGCUGAUCCGACUGCAGAUUAUCAAAGUCACCCAGGCUGGCAGCAGCAGUGGUGAUGGUGGUGGCAACCAGGACAGCUUUAUAUGUGGAGGGAUCUCUCCAGAUGCUGUCCGUCCUGUGGAUGCUCGUAUGGAAGAGCUGCAGCACUACAUGCAGAGGGAAAAGGAUGCACUGGUGCUGGCCAAAGAUGUGGUGAAGCAGCUGGAGGGAAUCUCAGCGCUGGACCACAAGGCACUGGCUGAGGCUCAGUCUCGAGUUCAGGAGUCCUCCCAGAAGCUGGAUCUUCUGCGGCUGUCCCUGGAAAAAUGCCCGAUGGAAAACAACCAGGAGCCUCUGCAGCAGCCUGCAGGGGGGGCUGACCCUUCAGGGGGACCCCCACCUCACCAUAAAUCCAGAUCCGGAUGUCCUCUGUCCACCUCCCCAUCCAUGUUCUCUAUCAGACCUGCCUCUUUGACUGGCAAACUUGAAGUCAGCCUUCUUGGAUGUGAGAAUUUAUUAAAUCCUCUGAGAAAGGUGAGCCGUCUGAGUCUCACUGAGGACAGUUCACCUGCUGCUCAACCCUCUGUGGAAAUCAGUGCGGUGCUCAGGCUGGACUCCAGAGUGGUGGGUCGCACACGCUGGGCAGCCAUUGGCAAGCUGAGCUGGGAUCAGACAUUGUGCAUCCAGCUGGAGCGGUCUCGAGAGCUGGAGGUCGGUGUUUUCUGGCGGGAUCAGAGGGCGAUGUGUGCAGUCAGGUUCCUGCGAUUGGAGGAACUGAUGGACAACCCAAACCACAAGCAGGAAUUCAGCCUGGAGCCACAGGGCCUCCUGUACACCAAGCUUCAAUUCAUUGACACAGUUGUUGAGCGGCAGCCAAAACUGAGACGCCAGAGAUGUAUCUUCACUAAGGAGAGAGGGAAGAACUUCCUCAGAGCGGCCCAGAUGAACAUGAAUUUUGCCACGUGGGGUCAUCUGAUGAUGAGCAUCCUCCCUCGCUACACCUCUUUCACCACGUUCAGCUCUUCCUUCUCUAUGACCCCCGACCUUGUGACCAACAAUGCCUCACGUCCAACUGAAAAGGAGCCUCGAACCACCACUUCACUGCCAAGCGAAGCUCCAGUAAUCAGACUCAGCAUCACUGAGGAUCAGUCCUCACCCACCAGCAAGGGAGACAACACCUCCACCAUCAUCACUACAGACCACAAAACCUCAUCUGUGCCUGCACUGCAAGAGAAAGUGUCAUCCAUAAACAACAGAGAAGGAAAUGGAGAUCAGUCUGUAUCUGCUCUGAAGAUGCAGAUGGAAGACUACAAAUAUAUUUCAGUUCUGGGCAGAGGACACUUUGGAAAGGUCCUGCUGGCAGAGUUUAAGAAGACAGGUAAACUAUACGCCAUCAAAGCCUUGAAGAAGAAAGACAUUGUGACUCGUGAUGAGGUGGACAGUCUAAUGUGUGAGAAGAGGAUCUUUGAGAUGAUCAACGCAUCUCGACAUCCGUUUCUGGUGAACCUUCACGGCUGCUUCCAGACCAGCGACCAUGUCUGCUUUGUCAUGGAGUAUUUACCAGGUGGCGACCUCAUGAUCCACAUCCACAACAACGUCUUCACCGAGGCCCAGACCAGGUUUUAUUCAGCAUGUGUCCUGCUGGGUUUAGAGUUUCUUCAUCUGAAUAAAAUCAUCUAUCGAGAUCUGAAGCUGGACAACCUGUUAAUGGAUGCAGAUGGAUUUGUGAAAAUCACAGACUUUGGACUCUGCAAAGAAGGGAUGGGUUUUGGAGAUCGGACCUCAACUUUCUGCGGGACUCCUGAGUUUCUGGCUCCUGAAGUCCUGACGGACGACAACUACACCAGAGCAGUGGACUGGUGGGGGAUGGGCGUCCUUAUCUACGAGAUGCUUGUGGGAGAGUCUCCUUUCCCUGGUGAGGAUGAGGAGGAAGUGUUUGACAGUAUCGUCAAUGAUGAUGUGCAUUAUCCAGGGUCUCUACCUCCUGGUGCUGUGUCCAUCAUCCAGAAGCUGUUGAAGAAGAAUCCCCUGAAAAGGCUCGGAGCAGGAGAGAGGGAUGCAAAUGAGGUCAAAGGAGAGAAAUUCUUUGAGACCAUCGACUGGGAAGCCCUGCUGACCAAGAAAGUAAAACCUCCAUUCCUGCCGUCAAUCAAAGAGUCCAUGGAUGUCAGCAACUUUGACAGUGAGUUUACUCGUCUCCAGCCAAUCCUGUCGCCUCCCUCCAAGCCCUUCAGCCUCUCUGCUGAGCAGCAGGAAGCCUUUGCAGACUUUGACUUCUGCGCCUUGCAUGGAUGAAAGAUGCUCUGAAAAAACACCAGGGUGGGAAAUUCUUAACACACAUAUUUGUUUGUUUUGUGGUUGGGAAGUUUGUCCACUUCAGAGGUUAACUUAACAAGUACCAAACAUCAUUAUUUAUGUAUAAUCAACCCCCACAAGGCAAGUAAAAUAAUUCAGAUAACCAACUACUUCAUUUGCAAUCUUUUGGGUCCCUUAAAGGGACAAUAAGAAAUUAAUAAGUCCUGUUCAGCUGUGAGCGAAAAGUUGACAUGACAAUGCUUUAGUUUUUGGUCUAGUCUUGUUUACUAGUUAAUAAGUCAAUAGGCAUAAAAUUAAUCAGUCACUGAUUAUUGAUUUCAUAAUCAGUAUCAUGUUAACAUCAAGAACAAAUGCUAAUCAUUUACUGAUUACAACUACAAAGUUGAUGGGUUGGUUUCUUUUACUGCUUCGUAUCAUUUACAUGAAUCAUCUUUACAACUGUUGGCUAAAUUGAUUAAUCAAAACAAAGACAGAUAAAAGAUUUCAAGAUUUUGGCAAAUAGUCUUAUUUUCUUUUUUGCUAGUUAGAUAAGAGGAUUGAUAUAUCUCUGUUGUAGACGUGAAACUACCCUCAGCAAUUGAUUAGCCUAGCAAAACAAAAUCGACCUAUUAGCGCUUCAGACUCAGCAGCUCUUUGUGCUCAGCUAAGGCAACUGACAGCUGGUGGUAGCUUCAUAUCUACACUACAAACUUGAGAAGGGUAUUAAUCUUUUAAUGAAAUGCAAACAAACAUAUUUAAUUAAAAAGAAAAUAAGUGAUUUGCUACUUGGAUCCCUGGUUUGUUUAGACAGACGUCCUGGCCCAAUAAUCAUUCAGUUAUUUGGAUUAAUCAAUAACUCUUCAAGCCCCUGUAUAGUCACUUUCUCCUCUGGAGCAGUGAAAAUCUCACUACUCAACUUUCCCAUCCUGGACUUGAUAGUGCUGCCAAAUGAACUGACACUUUGGAUAUUUUCUGCAGUUCAAUCAUUUCAACAGGACACAACAUCAAUCCCAUGGCUGACUUCGCUGACUGUUCUCACUCUCACAAUUGACAGCCAAUUGUCAAUAAAAUAACUAGGCAGCGUCUAUUUUGUUUUUAACAGCAACAACGCAAUUGUAUCCUUUUAUAUUCUCUGUGGAGAGUCAAGCUUUGUAAUACAACUCUGUCCUCACCUGCUCCUGCUACUAGAGUUUAUUCACGAGAUUUGGUCAGGCAAAAUGUUGUACGAACACAUGAAACAAAUUUGACACAGAGUUCUUGAAGAUAUCAUAACAUUAUCACCCCUUCCUUCCACAUCUCUGUUUCUCUUUAUAGUUAAAUUUUAAAGGUAGUGUUUAGUGGCAUCAAGCAGUAUGGUUGCAGAUUACAACCAACUGAACAUCCCACAUCUCACCCUCCUCUACGGUAGCCACUGAAAUCACUUGAAAGGGCCUCUCAGUGUCUGUAAGCAUGGCGGUGUAACAUGGCAGACUCUGUGGCUGUCUCAGCUGGUUGUGCAUCAAUCACAGACAGCACAAUUAUGUAAUGUGGUAAGAGCAAAUGUUUUGCAAAUCGUGACCACGACAGCCCAAGGAGAAGAAUUUUUAACAACAUUUGGUGGGAAAUUUUCUUAACAACACAAAAAACAGGUUCAAAUGAGUAACCUGAACGAAGGCCAUAGAGUUUCAUCAGCAGAAUUAGCUUCACCAAUUCUGAAUUCACUACAGGGUGCAGAUAAGCAGAUACAUCAGUACUGAUACACAUGUCAGUCAAAAAUAAAUAAAAAAAUUAAUCCAAUACAUUUUUUUAAACUUUAUUUUCUUUGAAGCUUUCAACAUGCAGAAUUGAAUUGAACUCUCAUGCAGAAGCUUUGAAUUGAUUAGUUUGCAGUCAUAACAGUACACAAAUUAAUUAUAAAUACACUGAAUUCUGUUAAAGAAGUUAAAAUAUUAUUGCCAUUUAUAAACUUAACUCUUCCAAAUUGACAUUGUGCUACUAAUGCCACCAGUUGUAACCUCUUGGAGCAUCAUGUGUGUUGGAGACAGAUUCUGCUUGCUUUGUGGCGUUUGUUUUAUUUACAGUGUUUAUCCCUCAGAAGUACAGCAUGUGCUGCCAUUUCUAUGCACCACUGUGACAGUCUUUGCCCACUGCCUUGUAGAAAAAAAGGGAACCCUGUUUCUGGUUGAAAGGCUUUUUUUUAAAGAUGUUAAAUCCAACAUGGACAUGUUUCAAAUAUUUGCCAGGUCAUUCACUCGCAGCAAAGAUGUGCACAUUCAUACAUUACUCUGCUCCUGACCAUGUGUUUUCUGUUGGUAUGGUAGAAGUGCAUGGCACCGUGGUGAACUUGUGCACUAGAAAUCCCGUAAUUGCUAGCGGUAUAAAAGAAGCCAUAGAUAAUAUAAUAUAGCCAUAAUAAUAAGAAAAUAUAUGUAUUUUAAAUUUAGCAAAUCAUAUUCCUGUGAUGCUGAGCUCUAAUGAUGUCAGUGCAAUAAAAGAAGAGGAAGAGGGGCAGCAGGGAUAAAGCUUGAAGAUAUAAGCCAUGAUUUAUUUAUUUAUUUUUUAAAGUGCACCAAAAAGUCCCAAUGUUUCCUUCCGAAUUUUCUAACUAACAGCUGAGUUUCACAUCAGCACUAGGAGAGAGCUGGAGGAAUUAUUGGGGAGUAUACCAAACGGCAAACUUAAGACUAAAUCUUAAAACUAAAAUUAAGUAGCUUAGUAACUUAAUUAUAUAUGCACUCAUUUGGUGUAAUUUAAUGGAACUCAGUCUUGAACGUUCAUUGUAACAAUUCUUCUUGUAGCAAUUCUUUGCCUUUUUCCAGCGAAAUAUUAAAUCUGCCAACUCAACCCAAAACAAUCUGUGACACUAUCUUGCACUACAGGAUUAACUAAAACUCCAAAAAUGUGAUUAGUAGUGAUUAGUAGUGAUCACCACCAUUAUAAAGGCAAUUUGUGUGAAUUUGUUGACAGUCACCUCAAACGAGUUUGAUUAUUACUUUUUGUAAUUAAUGUUAAAUCCAUGAAGGUUUUUAUAUUUAUACAUUCCCAGAGCCUAGAAAGGUUUUUUGUUUUUUUUUAACAUCAUCCAAGUCUAUUGACCAAGCAGGAAUGUGGGCACAGGACCAAUAUCCUCUUCAGUCAUUCAGAUUGGCAAAAGUGAGAAUGGACAUCUUUAUAAUAACAAGAGAGAAAAGUCAAGUUGCUUGCUGUUUAGAUAAUUAAAUACUUCAUCUGUCAGGCUCAAAACAUUUGUUACGCUCACACUUCUCACACACAAAACUGAUUCUGCUCUGACUAUGUGUGCCUGAGUGCUCUCAAAUGUUUCCUGGGAGGAAUUUCAGUGCUCAGUCAGUCAGUUCUUUUGUCAUUUACUUACUUCCCUAUGUGCUGGGAAAUUGAUCUGUCUAUCCUGAUUUGAAAGUAGUUUUGAACAUGUGAAGAAGGCAUUUUGAAACUAUAACAGGUUGCUCUUUAAGCUAAUCUGAAGGUUUAUACCUGCUGAACCCUCUACCUACCUCUACCUUUGGAUAAGACUGUCAGCUGAAUUAGUCAAAUGUAACAGGGCAGACAACCAGUGUUGAUUUAGCUGCUGUAGCACUUUAAGUUUAUGCUGCUGAAUAUUACAUGUUACGUAAUGUGUCAAUACUGUAUUUAUGUAUGUAUGUGAAGCUUCCUGACUAGGAAUGUCAGUCUGUACAGGUGUACUCUAUUAACAACAUGCAUCAAUGUUUUAAUGUACUCUUGUUGUCAGUAAAUACAAACAGAACAAAUACAGUAAAAAAAAUGUAAAAUAUUUGGCUCUUUGUGUGAUGGUUAUCGCACAAUUAAGUUCAUUUUUACCAGAAAAAAAUAAUUACAGCAAUAUACAAGUUACAUGAAACCAAAGGCACAAGAUAUUAAUUAUAAAGGCAUAAAGGUGAUUUGUGUUGUAAUGUGUAGUCACCACUAUCACAAAGCAACAACAGAAACAUUUACAGAAGAAAGCGGU